AUGGUUGGGCAACAUGACUUUUCAAGAGCUCUUUGCGCUAAUGGUGCUAGUAUCAAUCUAAUGUCGCAUUCAAUAUAUAAGAAAUCGGGAUUGCGGAUGCCUAGACCUACUUCUAUGCGGUUGCAAAUGGCCGAUCAUACGGUGAAGAGACCGGUUGGCAUUGUUGAUAAUGUUCUAGUCAAAGUGGGUAACUUCCAUCUUCCAAUGGAUUUUGUGAUUUUUGAUUUUGCAGUCAAUAAAGAGAUUUCAAUUAUAUUAGGAAGACCUUUCCUUGCUACCAGAAGGGCACUCAUGGACUCGAAAAACAAUGAAAUCAAAUUCUAUGUGAAUGAUGAAGAAGUGACAUUUCAAGCAAGCAAGGUUAUCAAAUUUCCAAGUGCUUAUGAAAGCAUACCAGUGAUUGAUGUUGUUGAUGUGGUUGAACAAGCCGCAGAACUCAAAAUUGAAGAAGAAUGUCUUGGCGAACCAUUAACGCCUUUUUUGGUGAAUUUUGAUGGUGAUGAAAUGGAAGGGUGUGUGAAGACCAUAAAUGCACUUGAGUAA